GUGUUAAAAUGAAACAAUUCUAUGUGUUACAAAAUGAAAAAUAAUAAAUAAUAUUACUGAAAAAUCUAGAAGAGUAGAUAAUUUAAAAAUAAUUUUUUUUAUUUAAUUUAAUUUUGAUGGUUUUGAGUUUUGACACUUUUAAUUUAAUUUUUACUUAAUAUUUGAACUGAUUAUUCUUCAUGAAUUUUAUCUUGAUCAACUCCUUGGUGUAAAGGAAAUCGUUCAUGAGAGGGAAAGGAGGACACAACACAACGCACAACAAUGGCAAGCAAGAGAUACAUACACCAAUAAACCUACACCAUAGCUAUUAACGCAACACCACCCGGUUUUGCGUUAAUUUUAUUCUCAUCUUCAAGCUGUUUUCCACAGCUCCUGGAACCUCAAUUCUCCAGAAACCACACACUAAAAACCCUCACCAUAACACCCACAAACAACUGAUUUAGUACAUUUCAACAAUGGAGACGAAGGUAGAAGAGAAGCGCAACAAAAUCUACAAAAUGUCGUCGUUUUUAGUUUGGGUCAUAGCUUCAGUGAUUUUCAGGCUAAUUUUAAUUUACUUCCCAAAAAAUCUCAACUUAUCUUCUCGUCCCGAAGUCUCCACUCCUCUCACCAGCAUACGUCGUCUGGCGGAGGGAUACUGGCUAAAGCAAUCAUCAAUGUCUCCAUAUGCAGGUUCAAUGUAUCAUGGUUCUCCUCUGUUACUUUCUGUGCUUGGGCCGCUUACCGUUAAAAGAAUUGAAAGGCAACCCGAUCAGCUUCUAUGCAGUUUGCUUUUUGUGCUUGCAGAUGUCAUGAGUGCUAUGCUUCUUCGUGCUACCGGUCAGAAUCUUCAGGCAGCAUAUACUCAAAGAUUGAAAUCCCUAGAACUUCAUGAACUGUCAAAAAAUUCAGAGAUUUUUUCUUCUGGAGAUAUUGCCGCUCUUGUGUACUUGUGGAAUCCUUUCACAAUAGUAGCCUGUGUAGGUUUGUCCACAUCACCAAUUGAAAACCUGGCCAUCAUAUCAUCUCUCUAUGGAGCAUGUAAAAGACUGCCUCCCUUGGCUGCUUUUGGGUGGGUUAAGGCUACUCAUCUAUCUCUUUAUCCUGCAAUUUUAAUUAUUCCGUUGAUUAUUUUACUAGGAUAUGGUCCAGAUGCUCCUCCUAGUAAAUUGUUCCUUCAAAGUAGAUGCAGCAAAGGUGGAGAUAAUCCCUUAAGUAGUACAUCUUGUCAACAGGAGGAACUGACCUUCUCAGGGAAACCAGUCAUUCAUUUUUUGUUGUGGAUUUCUGUCUGGUCUGUCUAUGUGCUUAUUCUUUGUGGCAUAUCGGUUCAACAGAAUGGUGGUCUGCUGGAGAUGUUUAAAAGUACAUACGGGUUCAUCCUCACUGUGGAAGAUUUGUCUCCAAACAUGGGUGUUUUGUGGUACUUCUUUGCUGAAGUUUUUGAAUUUUUCAGAAAUUUCUUUUUGAUAGUAUUCCAUGUGAAUAUUCUAUUCAUGGUAUUGCCAUUGGCCAUACGGCUGAACCACCGACCUUGCUUCUUGGCUUUUGUGUACAUUGCUAUCUCAUCGAUGCUUAAAUCUUAUCCUUCAGUUGGCGAUUCAGCUUUAUAUUUGGGUUUGCUAGGUUGGUUUGUUUUUGAAUUAGCAGAUAUGCAAUUCUCCUUCUUCCUCUUUUGCGGAUAUGUCGGAGUUUCCCUUCUCAGCCCUGUUAUGCACAAUCUAUGGAUAUGGAGGGGUACUGGCAAUGCAAACUUCUAUUAUGCAACUGGUAUGGCUUUUGCUUGCUUUCAGAUUAUUCUGGUGGUCGAGAGUGUAAGUGCAAUACUCAAGCACGACAGGACAUUGAGAAAGUUGUCCGUCACGUAAUCUUGAGAUGUUGAAUUUUUAUUAGUUCUUGCUACUAUACCUGGUAUAGUUCUUACCACUCAUCAGAGAUCCUCAACAACGUCAAGCCACGGGGUGUUACCAUUCUUACUUUCAAACGGAAAGUUAAUUAACUCAUCCCCUUGAAAAACCUGUUUGUACGUUUUUUAUGUAACGCUCAACAUAAUCGAUUAUCAAUUGUCAGUUAACAGUAGUGCUUUACAGUUUUGAUUUGCUGUACUUCUUGUUAUGGGUGUCCAAAAAAAUGCUGAAACUGGUUAAUCGGUUAUCCGAAAAACCUAUUUGGUUUUAGUUCAAAGAAAUAUAAAAACUGGUUUUCUUUUGAUUA